GUCCAUUAUCUCCUUCCUCACUUCUUUUCUUCUCUCACGUCUCAUCUCAUCGCUCCCCUCAAUCAUCCCCCCUUCCUCAAACUUACCAUCAACUUUCCCCACAAAUCCUCACAGAUCCUUCACCUACGUUCUUUUCCGCCAUUUUUGACCAGAUAUAUGGCCACUGUUUCCCAAGAAAGUAGCUUGCUCUCGCCCAAGAAGGAGAAGAUAGAUGUCAUCGAAGGGCUCGUCCAGGGUUACCAGUCUGCUUCCCAGCUUAAGUUUCUGCUUCAGAAGCCUUUCGAUGCUGAUGGGACUCUUUCUGCUCAUGAACAUUUGGCCAUAGUUCUUAGAUCUUUCACCCACUCUCUUUCUCUUCUCACUUCUUCGUCCUCUGACGUCGAGGUUGCUCAGAAUCUGGUGGUUUCCGGUGAGAAUGAGCCGCCGGCCGCUGACAAUUGCCUUGACCGGAAGUCAUCCGAUGCGAGCGAGAAUAGAGGGAGAUCGGCGCCGGCCACCAAGAGCCGGAGGGGUUGCUACAAAAGAAGGAGGACUGAGCAAACGCGGACCGUAUUAUCUUCCACUGCGGAUGAUGAGCAUGCAUGGAGAAAGUACGGACAGAAGGAAAUCCUGAAUUUCAAAUUCCCCAGGAGCUACAUGAGGUGCACUCGCAAGUAUGAACAAGGUUGUCGGGCAGUCAAGCAGGUGCAGCGAAUCCAAGAGAAUCCUGAAAUGUACCAGAUCACGUACAUCGGAUAUCACACAUGUAAAGACAUCCUUAAGACACCCCAAGUGGUCACAGAAUCUGGUAAUUGGGAACCAUUCUUCGCAGAUUCAAAGAUUAUUCCAAACGAAGUAAUAAAGGUCCAUCCCAUAAAACAAGAGCAUCAUCAUCCCAGAGAGGAGACACCGAGUUAUCUCACCAACAGCGGCUUGGACGACCCCAUUUUGUGGUCGGACCUUAAGGAUCUGUCCGAGGCUGCCAUGGUGCCUUUGGGGUCGUCUGAUAAUGCAGAUACUGUGUAUUCAUGUUCUGGCUCUUUGGAUUUCGGGGUGGAAUAUGAUUCUGUUCGUUUUGCCUCUGAUGAUUUCCACUUCGAUGGAUAGAGAUCAUGGGAUUCAUCAUCAGUUCCUCCGUAACUCAUCAUAACUGAAGCAUCUCUCCAUAUAUAUAUAGUGAUAAUCUCUAGAUUUUGGUUUUUCGCAUUUUUUCAACAUUGUUGUACGUACAAUAUUUGAUCAUUAUUGUUCCUAGGGAGUUUCAUUAAUAAUCAAUCUGAUAUAUGUAACCUGUAAUAAUGUGUGUGAAUCUUGUGAUUAUUUAAUACUCCUCCGGUCAAA